AUGACUUCCAUGGGGGACUCAGAGGACCAAGUUUCCCUCACACCUUCUAACUAUUAUGACCACACUGGCAUCCUAUGUGAGAACAAUGAGAAUUUUGAAUCAGUGGCCCUAUCCCACACAGUCGUUUACUCCUUGGUGUUCUUCCUAAGCCUUGUUGGGAACAGCCUCGUCCUCUGGGUCCUGGUGAAGUAUGAAAAUCUGGAAUCCCACACCAACAUCUUUAUUCUUAACCUCUGCCUCUCUGACCUGGUCUUCUCUUGUCUGCUGCCUGUCUGGAUUGUGGUGCCCUAUUAUGGCUGGAUCUUUGGAGAAUUCUUCUGUAAGCUACUCAACAUGCUUUUCUCCAUCAGUCUUUACAGCAGCAUUAUUUUCCUGAUGGUGAUGACCAUCCACCGGUACCUGUCUGUGGUGCAUCCCCUGUCAAAUCUAGGUGGUCACUCAGGUCGGAGCAGAGUUGGGAUCAUCUUGACCAUCUGGAUAGCCAGCACUAUGGUGUCUGUUCCCGAUACCAUUUUCCACACUGUUCUCCCAAAUGGGUCCUGUAACUUCCCUGAGACAAAGUGGUUGCUGCUGUCCACUUACCUGCACAAUCUCUUCUUCGUCUUCUCCCUGGUAGUUAUUCUGUUCUGCUAUGUCCAGAUCCUCAGGACCUUGUUUCGAUCCCAAACCAGGAGGCGGCACCGGACUGUCAGACUGAUCUUCACCAUUGUGGUGGCUUACUUUCUCAGCUGGGCCCCCUACAACAUGAUCCUGUUCUUACAGACUCUCGUGAAUCUCCGGUACAUCCAGAACUGUGAGGUCAGCAAGAAGCUGGACUAUUGGGAACAUACCUGCCGGGAGAUCGCCUUCUCCCAUUGCUGCUUCAAUCCGGUACUCUACGUGUUUGUGGGAAUCAAGUUCCGCCGCCAUCUGAAGAUGCUCUUCCGCCAGAUUUGGCCUUCCCAGCGGAGCCUGACUUCUUCGCCCCGCUCCCCUGGGGCCUUCCUUUAUGAGGAUACAUCAUUCUUCUGA